ACAAGAAAGUACUAUUAUUCAACAAAGUAAUUUAAUAAAAGCAUUACAAGAAAAAAUAAUUGAAUUAGAAUCACGUAGUGAUGAAGAAUCAUUACAUGAAGUAUCACUUGCUAGUGGAAUGUUUGCUACAGAUCUUGAUGCGGUUGGUGGAUUCCGACUUUCCACCAUCCAUCCUUUACCAUCAGCGCCUCCAACUUCAGGUUCAAGAUCGUCAACUCCUGGGUGUGCAUCACCGACACCACGAAUCCCUCUUCCAUCUUCUCGACCGAACUCAAGAAACGGUUUAAAUAUAGACCUUUCUAAUACACCAGCAGUAGAACUUACAGUGGAGAUACAUAAAUUACAUAGGAAGGUUGCAAAAAUGGAAGGAGAAAGCCUUGAACAUCGACAACUUGUUGAAACGUUGGAAAAUUCAUUAACAGAAAGUGAGACGAAUCUUCGU